CGCGGCCGCACCUCCUCGUGAACGCUCCAGGUGAACCACUCUCAGCGGCGACAACGCGACCUCAGAACAACAGCUGACAGUCGGCGUGACGCUUCUUCGUCUCCUCUCCGCCAUGACGGCUCUCAAGAUAAGUAUGGUCCUGACGGUGGUCGGGGUGCUGGCGCUGGCCGACAAGCCCCCGACGGGCCCGGAGGUCCACCACAUCACUGGCCAAGACGGCUUCGACUCCUUUGGCAAGACUGUGGCCGGCACGCCCAUCUACGGAGGCGUAAAUCACGAUAUCGGCGUCGCCAGCCACCCCGUCAGCUUUGGCCACGCCCCCUCCCACGGCUACGGCGCCCCUCCCCCCUCCCACGGCUACGGCGCCCCUCCCCCUUCCCACGGCUAUGGUGCCCCUCCCCCCUCCCACGGCUACGGCGCCCCUCCCCAACUCCAGACCGUCUACAUCGCCUACGAGCCGCCCCAGCCUGCCCCUCAGUACCACGUCAAGGUCAAGUCUAACCCUCUGAAGGAAUUGGACAAGAAGAUCAAGGAUUACGCUUCCAAGUUCACCAAGUUCAUGUCAGACUACAUGGACCUUAACACCUACUCAGAAGAGUCCUACGAGCCUGUGUACGUCGCCCCCGCCCAGUCCUACGGUCCCCCACCCACCUCCUACGGUCCUCCCCCCACGUCCUAUGGCCCUCCCGCUCACUCCUACGGCGGCUACGAGGCUUACGAGGCUCUCCCUAUCUACGAGGAGGAGGAGGAGUCCUUAGGGAAGAAGAUUGCCAAGGGCUUCGAGAACGCGAAGAAGACGAUGGCCAAGUGGGAGGAGAAGGCGAGGAAGAAGGUUAAGGAGCUCUUCAGCUACGACGAAGAGCCAGAGGAAGUCUACUACGAAUACGCCCCCGCCCCCGUCUACCACGCUCCCGCCCCCUCGUACCACGCCCCCGAGCCCGUUUACCACGCCCCGCCCCCCACCCACUACGGUGCUCCCUCCGUGGGCGGCGGCGGAAAGGCCAAGGGCGGCAGCAAGGGCUUCGGAGGCGGUCUCUUCGGCGGCGGCUUCGGUGGUGGCUUCGGCGGCGGUCUCAAGGGCGGCAUCGGCGGUGGUUUCAAGGGUGGCUCAAAGGGCGGCAAGGGCGGCAAGGGCGGCGGACACUCCAUUGGAGGCGGUGCAUACCAAGCCCCCAUCAUUCAGCCCACCUACGGCGCCCCUCCCCCCACCUCCUACGGCCCCCCACCACAGCCCCCCUCAAGCUCCUACGGCGCCCCUAUCGACCACCACGCCCCUUCAGGACACCACGCCCCUUCAGGACACCACGCCCCUUCAGGACACCACGCCCCCAUAGCACACCACGGCCCCGUCGUGCCCGAUCACGGCUCCUCCUCCUACGCCUCUUAAGCGAAGGAUCCCCCACCCCUUUCCCCUUUCCUUCUCUCUCCCACCCCGUCCCCCACCCCCUACGCAAACGGCCCCGCUCAUGUGCUCUGUGUCUUCCUCACGCCUCCUCCUUCAGACAGGAAAACCGCUUGAACUGCGUCUCUGCCCAGGAGACGACGAGGAGCCUCUUCCACUGCAUGGUUGUGAUAGUCCAAAUUGCUCUCUACUUCUUUACUGACUCCGAGCUGCGUGGGAGCGCCUCUGUCUUCUUUUCCUUUCUUUUCCUUCUCUUUCACUUGUUUUCCUCUUCUUUCUCUUCCUCCGUUAACUCCUCGUUUCCUUUCUCUUAUUCCUCUCUCUCUUUCCUCUUCCUCCUCUUCCUGAAAGAAAAACGGAGGGCUUUUGCUAGCUUGGACUAAGGUACAGCGAAUAUUUCCCUCGUACAAACAAUAGAUGACAAAAUUAAAAAAAAAGAAACAAUGAUACAUAUCUCCCGCCAGAAUACAGUAGUAUAUCUUUUCGUCUCCAAAAAAGGACGUGUCUUCCGUUUUCUUUAGCCUCACAGUUCCCCCUCGGUGUGCCUGUUUGAUUACAAAUAUUUUCUAGAAUAGAUAUGUUUUAGGUUAUUUUCAUAAGCAUAUUAGAGCUGCGCUAAUGUUUCUUUUUAUCUUGCUAGUCAAGAUUUAACAUACUAUAUUAGUUAAAAUUUGCAAAAAAAAGAAAAGAAAAAAAUGUUAUCAUUACUAACCUAGUGUUUUUGUUAUAUUUUCAUAUAUUUAUAAGAGAGGAAUCUUUAAAUGAUAAUCUCUACCAAUUAAGUUGCAACAGUUAAUUUAUCACAAGAAUUCGCUUGUAGUACCGUGGGAACUUUUAUGGAAAUAAGCAUAAAAGUUAGACCUUUAACCUGAGCCAAACCACGUACUAUAAAUGAUGACCUUAUGUGUAUGCUUGGUACUUUAUAGUUUAUUAUCUGUAAAAAAUGAAAUUUCCGUUUUUACUUGUAUCUAUCUAUCUAUAUAUGUAUAUGUAUAUCUUUUCCCCUUAGUUAUUUCCACUCUCAACUGUUCACUGAAAGUUCAAAAAAGAAAAUAAAACCUUCAGCUUAGAUGGCGUUGGUUGUGGGCAAAGAGGCACAGCUUAUUUUCAGCAUUCAGGGAUUUAAUUAAAAGUUUUUCUUUGAUUUCUUUUUUAACUUUCUUCUUGUUUGCCAUUGUUUUCUUUUUCCCAAUUCUGUUUCUUUUCGUUUAUUAUAAAAGUAAGUCACAAGUGACAAACUUCACAGUAUUAGUGCAGCUGGCGCCUUUGUUCACUUCCUGUGUUUGUUCGUUUGUUUGUUUUUAUUUUGUUUUUCUUAUUAUUUUAUUCUACUUUCACUAUGUACAGCAAAUGUUAAUAUGUGUGUCUUUUUUGCAUCCACACUUAUCUGUGUGUUUAAAUGUAAUCAUGUGUAUAUGUGACAUAUAAAUAUGUAUAUACAAAUUCUGUGCAUGCAUAUAUACAUGCAUAUAUACACUGAUAUGUACCCAUUCUAUUCUGCAGUGAUAUACAUAUUAUUAUAUACAUGCAUAUGAAAUAUAUACAUAUAUAUAUAUAUAUAUAUAUAUAUAUAUAUAUAUCAAAUAUAAUAUAUAUUAUAUCAUAUAUAUAUAUAUUACAUUAUUUAGCAUGCAGAAUAGUAUGAUUACUUCAUAACCAAUGUACUCCCGUUGUACCAGUCUUGUACCAGCCUCCGCCAUGUUGUCCUUCGUAUCACAGUGUCUCGCCGCCAAAGGGUUCCUCAUGCAACAGCAGCUGACUCAUUCCACUCACAUUUUAUGUUCGUUUCCCUCAAUAGUUGUUUUUACAUAAGAGUUCCAUCAGCAAAGAAUUGUUAAUUAAAGUAGGUCUGUAUGAAACCAUGACUUUAUAUGAAAUCCUUUAUUUCGGUAGGAAAAUCUUAAGUUCGUACUUUUUUUUUACUUCUUAUUUGGCAAAAAGAAAUAAAUAAUGAGUCGGCCUCUGGUUAGCAGACCUUUUCCGGUCGGUGUUAAACUUGACCAAUUAGAAUGUUGCUCAAAAAUACCCACGAAGACGAAUGGCCAAAAAAAACAUCGUCACUUUUUGUGGUCUCCACGCAAGUUAUUUUAUACAUACAUACAUAUAUAUACAUAUAUAUAUACAUAUAUAUACCUAUAUUAUAUCAUAUAUAUAAUAUAUAUGUACGUGUAUCAUCUCGAGUAUAUACUUUGUUCUAAAUUCAAAGUUGUUCAGUUAAAAGACAUUAUCAGGUCUCUAAAAAAUGCUAUCUUGUUCCAUUAAUGGAAAUAUCGGAUCAAAUCGAACUCCCAUGAGACAUGGAAUAGCUUGCCUCGAGAAUUAAUGCGUGGAUCAUUGCCAGAUAGCGCUGGGACUGGGAGCCUCUCAGAGACUGCUGGGGUGCGUAAAGAGUGUACUUUAGGAACACUGGUGUUGAAAUCCUUUAAAAUGUUUGGCAUCAAUUCAUUCAAAACUAUUCAAUUUUGGCAGCAUUUCAUUAAAACUCUCAAAUAUUGUAUUGUACUCAGUUGCAAUAGGAUUACAGUAGAACUAACGAAGCUGAAAGUUUGUUACCCUAAAUUAUCUAAUUUUAGUAGUCCAAAUUAUUAUAUCUUAUAAUAAAUCAGGAAUUCAGUACGCAAGGAUUGUAUUAGUGUUGUGAGCGAUUGAGUUCCUUUUAAUUUUUUUUAUCAUCCUGUGUUUUCGGUCUUCAUCUUUUUGGAUGCAAAUUUGUAUGCUCGUUUUAGCACCCCUGUAACUGAGGUGGGUGUCUCUGGAGUUACCUCAUAAUUGUAUCAUUAUAGUCUAAGUGCAUUCAUCAUAUGAUUUAAGACUUGACUCCUUCAUGUACUGAUAAGAUAUAUACAUAUAUCAUUUAGGCAUCUUUUCUGUAUAAAUCAAUAAAGGCCUUUAGUUCAACGA